UAUGAUUAUACUUUUUUAAUAAAAAAUAUUGACAACCCUUUUAAAUAAAUUACAGUUUUUUAAUCUAUGCAACGCACAAGACUAAAUUAGUAAUUUAUUUAUUUACAAAAAUGACACUACGAAAACGAUUUUUGUUUAUUAGGUUGAUUAGCUGGCCUGGGCACCCAACCAAAAAAAAAAAAAAAAAAAAAAAAAAAAAAACAAACUACUGAUAAUAACCCAGAACUCCUGAAGCCAAAAUUUAAUCUUUUUGUGACAAGAGUGAUGACAACUACUUCACUUCUAAAUCCUUAUAAAUUACCCGUUUCUCUUUUAUCGCAAAACCCUUCAAACAAAUUCAACCUCAAAACUCACCAAAUUCUUCAAAUUCGCAGUUACAAAACUCCUCGAUUUUCACGCCCCAGUAGAAUUAUAGCAGUUAUGUCAACAGAGGCUGCUGAUCAAAGCAGAAUAAUUGUUGAAAAGAUGAAUAAUUUGCUUUUUGUUGAGAUGGGGGUUGGUUAUGAUCAACAUGGAUUUUAUUUCAUGAUUUCUCUUCUUUUAUAAUUAUUUUUAUUCAUGGUUUGUUUUAUUUAUGAAUUAUUAAUAAUAAUUGUAAUAUGAAAAAUUGUUGGGCAAUGGUGAAUUCAGGCAGGAUAUAACUUCUGCUGCAAUGCGGGCUUGCCGGGAUGCUAUUUCUUCCAAUUCUAUCCCUGCUUUUCGUAGAGGCUCUAUACCAGGUGUUUCAUUUGAGCAAAUGAAACUGCAAAUCAAGCUUGGAGUACCCCGAUCUCUUCAACAAUCUCUGGACAUUGAGAAGGUCAAAUCUGUGUUUCCAUACAGUGGAAAAAUCCUUGAUGUUGAAGUUGUCGAUGGUGGACUCAUAUGCUCAAGUGGUGUUCAUGUGGAAGAAAUGGGAGAUAAAAAUGAUGACUGUUACAUUGUUAAUGCGGCUGUUUACGUUGGUUACUAAGAACUAUAUAUUCUUGUCUGGCUUUCUGAUACUCUGAGGGUUUGGAUAACUAUGCCAAAUCAAUUCGGAAGAAUGAAGAUGGACUUGCUGUACGUGUGUAUCUGCUUUGCAUGUGAACAUGAACAUCACUCUCCGUGUGUCUGUUAUCUUUGUAGUUACUCUGACUUUUUCACAUUACUCCAUAUAUAACAUGUACGUUCAUCUCAUUAAUGCAAUUGGAAAAAGGCGUUGCCAUUCUGAUACCUA